CUGUCUGCUUAUCAAAGUCAGUGGCCCACGCCUGCAGAGGUUGCAGAAUGUAUGUUCUGUGCACUGAAGAGUUGAAGUCAGCAGAACAAAUCCUAAAAGGAUUAUUCCCAGAAUCACUGAAGGUGUAUGGCUGUCCUUGACUCAAAUUCCUCCUCUAUCUGCUUAUCCAAGUCAGCGGUCCACACCUGCAAACAUUGUAGAAUGUUUGUUCUGGGCACUGAAGAGUUGAAGUCAGCCGAACACAUCCUAAGAGGAUCAUUCCCGGAAUCAUUAAGGGUCUAUGGCUGUCUGUAUAAUAUCAACAGAGGAAAACCAUAUAACUGGGAAGUAAUUUCUGAUUCCUGGCCAGACUUUAGGGCUAUCAUCUGUAAGCCAAAACUGCAGUCAAGGCAGGAUUAUCAGGACCGAGAGGGGGAUUGCAACAUGUGCCACAUCUACGCCAAGGACAAGGAGAGCUUACAAAACCUGCUUGGCACCAGUGGCCUUCUUGACUGGAGCCAGUUCACAUUAUUGGCAGGGGUUGACGGCAAACAUCUGGAUGCAGUGAAGGAACUGGCAGCUUGCAAAAACACACCAACAAAGAUGCAGGGGUUCAUGUUUGCAAUGACACUUGAAGAUUCCAACCAUCUCAAGGACCCAGAAAGAAAUUUAGCGAGCAGGCUAAAGCCGCUCACCACAGCCCAUGCUGAGCUGGUCAACAGCACAUGGAAAUAUGGGUCCAGCAAAUGCAGCUACAACUCUAUAGUGAGCUACAUCUCUAACUACCCCAGUUUGUGUGUGACCGCGGAGGACGGCACACCAGUGUCCUGGCUGCUCAUGAGUCACCACGGCACCCUCGGCCUGCUCUACACCUCACCUGAGCACAGGCGUAAGGGCCACGCCCGGCUGCUAGUCACCACCAUGGCCAGGGCACUGCUGGAGCAAGGCCGUCCCAUCUACGCUUUCGUGGAAGAGGGCAACAACCCGUCCUACAGCCUCUUCAUGUCUCUGGGCUUCAGUCACAAGCCAGACUUUCGUCCAGUUUGGUUCCAACUCAACCCCAGAUGAAUGUCCCAGGAGCAAGUGCCGAUCUCAGACCCUGUUUGUUAAUGUCUAGUGCAAUUGAUAGGUUUUUUUCUUGUAAGUGUACCUACAUUUUGCCAGUUUAGUCUCACUGAAAUAUAAAUACUUUUGCAAAAGGGGUUUGGCAGAUAUGUCAGCACUGUCACAUACCUAGAUUUUAGAUUGUUCAGAUUUCUGCUAAUAGGUCAUUCCAAAUGAUUGCAACAAAAUAAUGGGUACGACUAUUACUUUCUGAACCUGGAUUUUCCACCUCUACUCUGACCAGAUACUGAUCAAAGCUUGCACCUCGUCAUUGGUACACAAUUUUGACAGGUUUUCUUUUUCCAUUUCAAAACGUUCUUGCUCUCUAGCUGUUCCUCAAUGUCUUUCUGUUCCCAGUAUUUAAAAAUGGCUCUUGUGGUCUCCUUGGCGAUUCUCGCAAAUAUUGCGAUUGACUAAUCCGCAAUGUUCAGUGCUAUAAGCUCCACCCCAGUAGUUUGCAGACCUUAGAAUAGUAAUACCUCACAAGCAGGGACAACAAAGGGGGAUAAGAACCAUGUCCCAGGAACCAAAAUUGACCUUUAGUUCUGCAAAAUGUUCCUCCAUCCAUCCAUUAUCUAUACCCGCUUAUUCUUGGGCAGGGUUACGGGGGGUGCUAGAUCCUAUCCCAGCAUGCAUUAGGCUUGAGGCAGGAAUACACCCUGGACAGGUCACCAAUCUAUUGCAGGGCCCCCACGCCAUUCAUUCAAACACUCAUGUCUAUAGGCAUUUUAGAGUCUCCAGUUAGCCUAACUACAUGUCUUUGGACUGUGGGAGGAAACUCACACAAACACAGGGAGAAAAUUCAAACUCCACACAGAAAGGCCCGGAUUCAAACCCAGUACCUUCUUGGUGUGAGGUGACAGUGCUGCCCACUGCACGACAAUGCCACCCACAAAAAGUUCCUGAGCUCUGGGAAAGGUUCCUGAGUUGGGAUAGGUUCUGAUUAUUGCCUUCAACAUUCACCUUGGGAGAAACAAGUUGUGGUUUGGUAUCUUCUUUCAUUAAUUUCUGUCCUGACUUUAGCUUGUCUUUGUCUAUUCAUUGUUUAAGGCAGUUAAACCUUGGUCUUUCGAUUAAAUGUUGACUACUUUGUGUAACUCAAUAAAUCUCUUUGCUUUAAUCUG